CAAUCAUGGGCGCUGGCCAGUCCAAAGCGGACACAGAAGAAAAGGUCUUUUACAACGAGACUCCCAUACAGGAUGUCGUGAACCACCUCUCAGAUCAUUCAAUGUCAUCAGACACAUCGCCAGAACGACAAUCCACUCUUGACGUCCACAUACGUGCUCGGAUACAAGCGGAAUUGGAGCAUCUGCGAGCGGAAGAGGAAAAUGUGCAGAAGGAAAUCGAACUCGCCCUCGAGAGGGAGAAUAUCGACCGCGAAAUGUCUCCGGCAGGCGGAGAAUCUUCCGACGAGGUCCCUCAGGGCGAUGUCAAGAAUAGCACGACGUUGAUGGGUGACCUUGAAGAGAUUCGUAGCAAAGUGGACAGGUUCCAGGCCAGGAAACAGCUCAGCGAUUAUCCUGCGGUGAAGGAGAGCGGUGAAGCAGUAGUGUUCUGCUAUAAACAAAAUCCCACCACUCCUUUGGACUGCUGGCGAGAAGUGAGCGAGUUUAACGCUAGCGUUGCUCAAGCGGAAUCGCAACAUCUCGCUUCUCUUCGGUAAUAGUCGCAAUGGCACCGUCAAGAACCAAGAGCCUUCUCUACACUUAUAGCGUGGUUCGUGACGUGUUUCAUACAUGUCUAAUAGUG